UUGACAGCCACCCUAAGUCGUAGUUACGGUUUUGGAAAAGCGCAGAAUGCAGAAACAACUUCCAAUUUAUCCUUUUUUUCUUCAGGUGAUGGCAUCGACAACUCCAUAGGAUCGGGAGAGAAUAUGGAUGAUUUCGACUCCGACGAUAAAAGUAGCAAACGUCAGAAAAAGCGAGGCAUCUUUCCGAAGGCUGCAACAAACACUAUGCGAGCCUGGCUGUUUCAGCACUUAACGCAUCCCUACCCCUCCGAGGAACAGAAAAAACAACUCGCCUCCGACACCGGUCUGACAAUUUUACAAGUAAAUAACUGGUAA